UCCCCCAACGCUCUCUCACACCUGGGUCACUCCCACCACCCAGUCCUCCCCACCUUCGGAGUCUGCGUCUUUCCCUUCGGAACACUUCAAUUCCUCAACCUAACCACUUUCUUCCCUAAACCGUGCCACGUUCACACCCUCACAAUCACAAAACCAACCAAUGGCUUCAACAACACCAAACUCAAACCAACAAUAACCGUUUCCAUUUCAUUUCACAAACCAAUGCUAUGCAUUUCGCUAUGGAUUUCGCCAAACACAUCACCACUAAACCUCCCUUAAUCUUCACUCGUCCUCUAACCUGGAUCACCUCCACCAUCCCUCGCUACCACCGCCGCCACUUCCCUCCACCACCACCACCGCCGCCGCCGCCAGAUUCCACCAACACUUCACUAACUUCCCUACCUUCCAUCCUCUCACACAAAACUCUAGAUUCUUCCAAAUGCAAAUCGAUUCUACCUCAUUUAACCUCUCACGAAUUCGACCGCUUGUUCUUCAUUCACCAUUCCUCUUUCAACCUCAAAACCACACUCGAUUUCUUCCGUUUCGCUUCUAACCAAUUCAAGUUCCGCUUCACGGUUCGUUCUUAUUGUCUCUUAAUCCGUUUGCUUCUAUCUUCUAGGUUUUUACCCCGCGCUAGAUUCAUGUUGAAGCGUUUAAUCGACGGAAACGUUUACACGCCGUUAGGUAAUGUGAACGAUAGGCUUAGCGAAAUCGCUUCGUCGUUUCUUGAACUGAAUAGGUUAACGGAAGGAAGUCACAGUCACGGUGAAUUGGAUUUGUUGCUUCAUAUUUUGUGUUCGCAGUUUCAGCAUUUAGGUUUUCAUUGGGCUUUUGAUAUUUUUACACUGUUUACGAGCAAUGGUGUUUUUCCUUCGCUUAAAACCUGUAAUUUUUUGUUGAGUUCGUUGGUGAAAUCGAAUGAGCUUCACAAGAGUUAUAGAGUUUUUGAGGCUGUUUGUCGUAGUGGUGUUACGCUUGACGUUUACACGUACGCGACUGCGAUUAAUGCGUUUAGUAAAGGUGGAAAGAUUGAUGAUGCUGUUGGUUUGUUUUUUAGAAUGGAGGAGCAAGGUGUUUUGCCGAAUGUGGUUACUUAUAAUAGUUUGAUUGACGGGUUGUGUAAGAAUGGAAGGUUAGAAGAAGCUUUUAGGUUUAAAGAAAAGAUGGUUGAGAACAAAGUGAGCCCGAAUUUAGUUACUUAUGGGAUUCUUGUUAAUGGUUUCAUGAAGUCUGAGAAAUUCGAUGAGGCGAAUUCGGUUUUGGUGGAAAUGUAUAGCAAGGGAUUUUGUCCUAAUGAGUUUGUUUUUAAUGCACUUAUUGAUGGGUAUUGUAGGAAAGGGAAUAUGAAUGAGGCGUUGAGGAUUAGGGAUGACAUGAUGUUGAAGGGGUUGAAGCCAAAUGCUGUUACUUUUAAUACUCUUUUGCAGGGGUUUUGUAGGAGUGAUCAAAUGGAGCAAGCUGAGCAAGUGUUAGGGUACUUGUUAUCGAAUGGUUUAUCUGUUAAUGAGGAUGCAUGUUCUUAUGUGAUUCACUUGUUAUGCAAUAGUUACAAGUUUGAUUCGGCUUUGAAAAUUGUAAAGGAGUUAUUGUGGAGGAAUAUUAAGGUUAAUGAUAGCUUGCUAACUUUGUUGGUUUGUGGACUUUGUAAAUGUGGAAAACAUUUGGAGGCAAUUGAUCUUUGGUUUAGACUAGCUGAUAAAGGGAUUGCAGCAAAUACAGCGGCCUCAAAUGGGCUUCUCCAUGGACUUUGUCUAAGGGGGGACAUGGAAGAAGUCUUUGCAGUUGUCAAAGAAAUGAUGGGGAAAGGCUUGGUACUGGAUGGGAUUUCAUACAACACACUUAUAUUUGGCUGUUGUAAAUCAGGUAAAAUUGAGAAAGCUUUCAAGCUGAAGGAAGAGAUGGUGAAGCAAGGAUUCAAACCAGAUACUUAUACCUACAAUUUCCUAAUGAAAGGGUUAGCUGAUAAGGGUAAAAUAGAUGAUGUUGAUAAGGUUUUGCAAGAAGCAGUAGAACAUGGCGUGGUUCCAAAUAUCUAUACAUAUGCACUAAUGUUGGAAGGAUAUUGUAAUGCUGAUAGGAUUGAUAAUGCCGUGAGCUUUUUCAACAAGUUAGUUUAUAAGGAAGUAGAACUUAGUUCUGUUGUUUAUAACAUACUUAUUGCAGCUCAUAGUAAAGCUGGGAAUUUUAUGGAAGCCUUCAAACUCCGCGAUACUAUGAAAAGUAAAGACAUUCUUCCUACAAUUGCCACAUAUUCUUCUAUAAUACAUGGAAUGUGCCGUAUUGGCCGUGUUGAGGAAGCAAAGGACUUCUUUGAAGAGAUGAGAAAUGAAGGAUUGAUGCCAAAUGUCUUUUGUUAUACUGCUCUAAUUGGUGGUUACUGUAAGUUAGGUCAGAUGGAUGAAGUGCAGAACAUCUUACUAGAAAUGACUUCAAAAUGUAUACAUCCUAAUAAAAUUACCUACACUAUUAUGAUUGGUGGUUAUUGUAAAUUAGGAAAUACAACAGAAGCGAAUAAGCUUUUAAAUGAGAUGAUAAGAAAUGGAAUAUCACCAGAUACUGUUACUUAUAAUGUAUUGCAAAAAGGAUAUUGCAAGGAAAAAGAGCUCGAAGAAACUCUUCUAUGCGAUCCUAUGUCUAAUACAGAAGCACCCAUGGAAGAAAUAACUUAUACAACAUUGGUUGAAAAGCUGCAUCCACAUACAGAUGCAGCAAUUAGUAAUAAAAAAUAAUGAGGAAACUUCUCAAAACAGUUGACACUUUGUUGAUACCAGAAUUCUCGUGGUCGAGACUUCCAUUGUUAAGCUUGAUUUCAAGCUCGUAUUAUUUGAAAGAUGAAGAUUUCAUAUGCUUGAUCUCCAGGCAUGUGGGUUACCAUCAACAGCUGAAGAAACCUACUCUUGACUUGGUUUGCUAGUUGAACAAAGAGCCUUUGAUUUUAAGGAUAUUUGGUAUUUAUAAGCAACGGAGAAGGAAGAUAUUUAGAUAUUUCGGUGUGCAAAGUGAAUAUGUUCUACUAUGCGGCGGAUUCUCUUGAUUGGAUAUCAAGAGUUAACACAUUCUAAGUGUGCAUCUCUCCCUCCAUAUUUUUUAUGGGACAGAUAAGAUUGUGUUAAUGAUCUCUCUGGUUUUUUUUAUCAAUGUCUGUUUCAAAGGAGUCAACCUUUUCAUAUAUGCAUAGAGAUUGAGCAGCUUUACAGCAUUCUUGUUCUUCCCUGGUACUCUGAGUAUUAUUCAUUUUCUGUUUUGGAGGACAUCUUAUCCCUCUAUAGCUGUGCUUUGUUCUCUCUUUAAAAAGAUUCUUAGAUUUCUCUUACUUUGAGAAAUAUAAUGUUGCCAACACGGUGCUGCAUAAUGUUACCGCAUAAUAUUUCUUAGUUUUAUAUAAAAGAGUAACCUAAUGCUAAUAGAGUGUUCGUCAUAGCUCGGGUUCAAGGAAGGGUUAGAACUGUUGCAAAUCUAUUGUAGGUAGCUUUAGAUUGUAUCUGCUUGUAUCUGCAAGCGGCUGAUUUGCACGGCAGCUACUCCAAUUGUUUCGUCGAACUCCUCUUCAUUUAGUUCUAUAUAAUAAAUUUAUGUAUUCCCUUUGUCCCAAAAUAAAGAUUUUUUUUAACUAAAUCGCUCCCACCAAGGAAAUUAGUUCAUUUCUUUAAAGCACUAAAGUUAUCUUGUCCACCAUUUAUUGUACCCAAACUACCAUUGAAUUUAUUGGCAAAGUUGUCUUGCCAAAAAAAAAAAGUUUGUGUACGUAAAUUACCUUAUUUAUUGUUUGUUGAAAAAAAUUGAAUUAAUUAGGGGUAUUGCGUUACCUUAUUUAUUGUUUGUUGAAAAAGUUGUCUCCAACAUUUUACGACGGAGGGAGUAAUAUUUAUUUCUGCGACGAGAAUAAAGUAAGUGUAUCAGAGAUGGGGAUGUUGCGUUGGAUGUGUGGUAAGAUUAGACGGGGUGAGAUAGAAAUAUGAUAAUAUGAGAGUGUGUUGGGGUACCUAUAGUAGAAAAAAUGGUGGAAAAUAGGUUUAAGUGGUUUGUGCAUGUAGAGAGAAGACCAAUAGAUUUUGUUGUAAGGAGAGUAGAUUAUAUGGAGAGGAGUCAAACAACUAGAGAUAGAGGAAGACUUAGGAAAAUUAUAAGAAAAAUUAUUAAGAAAGAUCUCGAUAUUAACGAAUUGGAUGGAAACAAGCUCUUGGAUAGAAUAUUAUGACAGAAGUUCAUCUAUGUAGCCGACCUCGCUUAGUGGGAUAAGACUUGGUUGUUGUGGUAAUUCAAGGGGUACAUGUUGUCAACGUAUUGAUUUCGUUGCUGGUUGACCAUGUGUUCUUCUGGCCCUCUUCUAAUCGGUGCUAAAAUUCUAGAAAUUAGAAAUGCUCUAGAUGUGUAUGCUCUAUCAAAUUGAUGGAUUUGAUUACUAAUUCCUAUGAAUCAUAUAUUUAUUGAUGUUGUUUAUUUGGUGAUCAACUCAAGCCAGCCCAACCUACACUUGCAGGCAUAUUUAAUAAGAGCGAUACAGUCAAACAUCAAAUGAAUAUCUUAUCCAUCUUUUCCACAUGUUGUGGCGAGGGCUCAUCUUUGGUGUUCUUUGUUGUAUGAAUAUAUUUGUUU